AUGGUUCGAUGGGAUAAAUUCAAGGCAUAUAAAGCUAUCUUAACUCAUAAGGAAUAUGUGGAAAGUAAAUUGACAUCUCUUAAGAAAUACGUACAGACUUUAGGUGUGAUCAUGACCUGGGUGAUGGAGACUCAUACGAAGAUAACCACUUUACGCAAACUUUCUCAAAAGGAGAGUGUGAAAACUAUUGAGAAAAUAAUGAUUAAUGUUGAUGAUCGCCAAAUGGACGUGAUAGAUGUAUUAGAAAAUUAUACAAAUUUAGAAAAAGAAUGUGAAGCAGCAAAACAGACAGUUUCAAUUGAACUUCAAUUUUGA